AUGCAUCAACGAGCAAUUGUGUGUACCAUGUGCGGGGGGAAAUUCUUUCCCGCGAGCCUCGGGUUCCAUCAGAAGGUGUGUGCAAAGAAGCAGGGCUAUAUUUUGCUGCCCUGCCCAUACUGCAGCGAAGAAGUGCCGAAGCCCGAACUCGACGAGCACAUGAAGAAAACGUGCAAAAAGGCUCCAAAACAGCAGAAAAAGAACGCUGGAACUGCUGGUGAAAACCGGUUCGUAGGAGGUGCUGUGAAGGACCUCAGUGAACUCUUGGAUGACCAAGGCAGGAUGCAGUGUUCUGUCUGUCAACGCUGGUUUCUCCAGGAUCGUAUCGGGAAACACCAGAACAUCUGCCGCGCCAUCGAGGCGAAACACCAAGGGAAGCCUCAGCCAGUCUUUGAUUCCUUCAAGCAGAGACAAUUCGAUCCUCUCAUACGCCCAGCGGCACAAGCUGCGAGCGAGCUACACCGUGCGGGGCCGAGCCCAGACGCCACGGCAUCCAUCCCUGCUGCCAGAUCUUCCUACGGGGGGAUGCCUGAGGCGCUCGACGAGGCGCACAAGCCCGCAGCUCCGUCGUCUCGCUGCUCUCGUGCAAGUCCCGUGGGCGGGAAAGGCGCCUUGACUGUGUCAAACAGAGCAGCGAGACACGCGGCUGAGUCCAAACCGUCCUCGCCUGUUUCUGGUAAGGAGCAGCCACGAGAGAGAGAGACUGCUCGCGGAAGCACUUCGCGUCUCGCUCCAGCGAUCUCAGGCAAUCGCCGCCACUCUUCCUCGCGUCGCUCGUCCGCCACCACAUCUGCUUCGCCAACAGGUUUGCGCCCGCCGUCAGGCGCCGCAGCCAGGUCUCUGUCCCAGGGGACUUUGGUUGCACGGGAAAAGGAGAGGACACCCACCGCUAGGGGCGACGCCCGAUCGUCGCCAGCGACUCGGCAUCCGGCUAGUCGGUCGCCGCGGCUGGGGCAUGAAGGCGAACUCGGGAGCGCCUCCCACAUGCAGGUGGCGGGCAGCGCAGGAAAGAGCCCACGGCGCGGGACUGGAAGGGAAACGGCGCCAAGAAGCAGCCUUGGGGGCGGGUGUCCAGAACUACCUUCACCCAGCACAGGAAGCGGAAGCCGGCUAGCAGGUCGAGCGGCGAGCAGACCGUCGGCUCCGUUUCUAUCUUCCGCGAGAGGUGAGACAUCGCACGGAGGCCUAGGGGGCGGCGGAGCGAUUCUCGAUACUAACGAAAGCUCGAUGGACAACCCGCUCGCGUAUCCAACUUACCCUGGGGGGCACUACGACGCAACUGGGAGCACACGAGGUUUUCAGGACGCCUCUCUGCGAAUGCAGGGGUCCCUGAUGGAGAUGCAACGGCGCCAGCCCAUGGCGGGCAGUGCGCGCGCCGGCUCUGGAGGCGGAAUCCUCCCCACGAACGAAACAUCUGCCGACAAUCCGCUGGCUUACCCGUCGUACUAUCGCAGAGGCAAUGGCAGUUUCCAGGCGCGGUGA